GCUACAGCUAACAAGAGGAAGCUAACUUCCUCAAAAUGACACCGACGGUGAAAAGGUCUUCGCAGGAAAAUGGUCAACUAAAUAACGGCUUCAAGGAACAAAAUGCGGAGUGUCGGAGUGGUUCGGAGACCCAGGACGAGCCUUUGCUCCGGGAGAACCCCAGGCGGUUCGUCAUCUUCCCCAUCCAGCAUCCGGACAUCUGGAAGAUGUACAAGCAGGCGCAGGCCUCCUUCUGGACAGUGGAGGAGGUUGAUCUUUCCAAAGACUUGGUGCACUGGCACCGUUUGAAGCCUGAAGAAAAACACUUCAUCUCCCACGUCUUGGCCUUCUUUGCUGCUAGUGAUGGUAUUGUCAACGAGAACCUGGUGCAAAGGUUCAGUCAGGAAGUUCAGCUCCCUGAAGCGCGUUCGUUUUACAGCUUCCAGAUCCUCAUAGAGACUGUUCACUCGGAGAUGUACAGUAUGCUCAUCAACACUUACAUCCAAGACCUGAAGGAGAGGGACUAUCUGUUUAACGCCGUUCAGACUAUGCCCUGUGUCCAACGAAAAGCAGACUGGGCCCUCCAGUGGAUAAAAGACAACAAGUCCACCUUUGGAGAGCGACUUGUGGCUUUUGCAGCAGUGGAGGGCAUCUUCUUCUCAGGCUCUUUUGCUGCCAUCUAUUGGUUAAAGAAGAGAGGCCUCAUGCCUGGCCUGACCUACUCCAAUGAACUAAUCAGCAGGGAUGAGGGUCUGCACUGUAACUUUGCCUGCCUGCUGUACAGCUACCUGGUGAAAAGGCCCUCGGAGGACAGAGUCAAAGAUAUUAUCAACAAAGCUGUUCGCAUCGAACAGGAGUUUUUGACAGAGGCACUUCCGGUUGAUCUAAUUGGAAUCAACUGUUCCCUCAUGAAACAGUACAUAGAGUUUGUAGCCGAUCGUCUCCUCGCUGAUCUCGGACUUGUCAAGGUUUACAAUGUGGAAAAUCCUUUCGACUUCAUGGAAUCCAUUUCUCUGGAGGGAAAAACUAACUUCUUUGAGAAAAGAGUUGCUGAGUAUCAGAAAUUUGGAGUGAUGUCAAACAUGAUGGACUGUGAAUUCACUCUGGAUGCAGACUUUUGAAACUGAGAUGACUCUUUUAUAUAAGGUUGUUGUCAAAAGUAGUUAUAUUCUAAUUAAUUAGAAGUUUUACAUAUCGCGACUGUAAAAUAACAUGAUCAGUUUCUUAUCAGGUUUUAAACAGUAAAUUAAAUCUUAGAUGUGCAACGCAAGACAUAUGACCUUGUUAUUAGUUAUUUAUAAAUAUAUAUUAUUAACUAUUAAAAAAAAUGAAAAGUCAAAAUGUAGAAG